GACUUCAACUUAUCAUCUACAACAUUCAUAUUGCGAUGCGGAAGACGGGUAUAUAUGGCAUGUCCCUAUAUCUUUGUCUCUAGGACAUAGGACCCGAUUUUUUCCUCAUCCACUCGGGGGGCCCGCACCAUGUUGGCAGGCUUGUUGGUUUCGUGACUUUCGCUUCUGCCGGUUAACUUCAUGCGUACUUCAUUGUUUGAUACUACUAUUGCCAGGCUGCCAUAUUUCUCAGACCGAUAACAGGGGGAGACCAAAAAUGACUCGUCGUAUAGUUAGGACGGGAGUGCAGCUCGGUGUCUUCGGUCUUUGCGUCUUUCUUAUUAUUCUGCUGAUCGAUAAGCAAUUCCGCGUCUUACCAAAUUCUAUUCAUGGCCAUCUACCAACCCAUCACGCGGGCUUUAUCGUUACCGACGUUACCAUCGUGACUUGUUCGUCUGUAAACGUUUUCUCCAGUUGCACCCUUGAUCCCUCGGUCUGGUCUCGUGUCGACAAAGAUUUGUACCUUGAUAACUCGUGGACGUCUGCCGCUUAUGUACAUUUUCAGCGGAAGCGGGAAGAGGAACUUCUCGAGAACGAUAAAGUCGUGAUUGAUCUGCGGAUUAGUAGAUUCAAUCCAGGGCUCUUGGAUUCAAAGACGAAGAAUCCGAGAGAAGGUGUACCUAAUGCUGCUGAUUCAACUGAAAAUGACUGGGAAGCGAGGCCGGGAGGCAUCUGGCUGAGACGCAGUUCCGAACCGCAUAUUAGUGAUUCAAAACAGGCUCUUACAUCGGUUGACGUGCUGUUUGGGGCUGAUGCUGUUGAUCCACGUCCUCAGUGGGAGGUGAAAGAUACUUCCGUGUUAUUAGAUAGCUUGACAGAAGCAACGGAAGCGCGAUUGACUGUUCGCCGGGGAGUGCCGCCGGUUCUGAAGAAGCCAGAGCUCAGAAUAAACGAUAGUGAGCGUUUUAAGAUCAUGCAAGCUGCAGAUUUGCACUUGUCGACCGGUACCGGCGUUUGCAGAGACCCAGUACCUGAGGAAAGGAUACCAGGAGAAAAAUGUGAAGCAGAUCCUCGAACACUAGAAUUCGUUGAGAGACUUCUGGAUGAGGAAAAGCCUGACCUUGUGGUAUUCUCGGGUGAUGAAGUCAACGGUGAGACAGCCAAGGAUGUCCAGAGCGCGGUUUUCAAAUUUGUCAAACCGCUUGUCGAUCGAAAAAUCCCUUACGCAGCGAUUUUUGGUAAUCAUGACGACGAAGGGAACCUCAGCCGCAAGGAACUCAUGGCGCUGAUCGAGGAUCUCCCCUAUUCAGUAUCAACCGCGGGUCCAGAGGAUGUAGAUGGCAUUGGUAACUACAUUGUCGAAGUAAUGGGUCGUUCCAGCUCCCAUCAUUCUGCGCUUACGUUGUAUCUUCUCGACACACAUUCAUACUCACCAGAUGAGCGUCAAUUCCGGGGCUACGACUGGAUUAAACCGAGUCAAAUCCGAUGGUUCAAGAGCACGUCGCAAAGUUUGAAGAAGAAACAUAACCAGUACAGCCACAUGCACAUGGAUAUGGCUUUUAUUCACAUCCCGCUACCCGAGUACCGCGAGGACAGCAAUAGCUGGAAGGGGAAUUGGCUCGAGGCAUCAACGGCGCCGGGCUUCAAUUCUGGAUUUAUGGAUGCUCUUAUUGAAGAGAAUAUUUUGUUUGUUAGCUGUGGACAUGACCACGUCAAUGAUUACUGCAUGCUCAAUCGAGACAUGAACAACAAACCCAGUCUAUGGAUGUGUUACGGCGGCGCUUCCGGGUUCGGUGGCUACGGCGGUUAUGGAGGUUUCGUCCGCCGUAUGCGAUUUUUUGAGUUUGAUAUGGGACCCGGCCGAAUCGUAACGUAUAAACGCCUUGAAUACGGCGAUACCGAGUCGAGGAUUGACGAGAUGAUGAUUGUCGAUGCAGGUCAAGUUCGGGCUUGACCGGCUUCUGUGUUCAUUCCAUUUUCCUUUUGAAGCGUUUUUCGACAAGAAAGAAAGAGAUUCAUAUUGAGUUAUAGUAUACCCACUGUAUAUCCGUUACAUUACUUUUGGGGGUUUGCAGUCUAGGAGUAUGAAUUGAACAUUUUCCAUUAUGGCCAGUUAGUUCACUAGGUAAUUAGCAUAUUAUUUCAUAGAUUCAUAACUUGUCUUUUCUUCAACGAUGCUUUACCACCACUUUUCGUAGAGGACACUCUCCUUACCGACGAUAGGUUCGAGGAACUGCACAAACUCAUCCGUCAUUGGCGGCGGGCCACAGAUGUAAUAUACCGUGUCAUUAUUCUGCUCAGACGUCUGUGCAUCGAGAUCAUCUUUAUUGAUGCGUCGGCCAUGGACCCGUAUGAGAGGACUGUCGUCUACACUACCGUUAUCGUUCACCUUAUUGAGUAUCUCGCCGGCUUUUGAGACGGCGGUAGGAGAUGUGAUGUUAGUGAGGAAAAGCUCGAGAUCUAAUUUGAUGUUUCGUGGCUGUUUGGUGACGAUUCUCGUACGUUGUACGAUAUUUCGAAGUCGAGAUAGGAAGAGAACUUGAUCCAGUGUCGUUUCGUCCGGAACUGAUGAUGGGACGCGAGUUGAGUAUAGAAAUCGGAUGUGUAGUGGAUGAUCGAA